UCCUUUCCCACUUUUUUUUCCCCCUGUGGCAGGCCCCUGGCCUGCGCUGAAGGAGACAGUCAAACCUCUGUGAUUGUGUCUGGGUAUUGGCAGCCACCCAUUCGCUUGCCAAUGAAGUAUAUCCUGGUUACUGGUGGGGUCAUCUCGGGCAUUGGUAAAGGGAUCAUUGCCAGCAGCAUUGGGACCAUUCUCAAGUCAUGUGGUCUCCGAGUUACUGCCAUCAAAAUUGACCCCUAUAUUAACAUCGAUGCUGGAACUUUCUCACCUUAUGAACAUGGUGAAGUAUUUGUUUUAAAUGAUGGUGGAGAAGUUGAUUUGGACCUCGGAAAUUAUGAAAGAUUCCUGGACAUUAAUCUCUAUAAAGACAACAACAUCACCACUGGGAAGAUAUACCAGCAUGUGAUCAAUAAAGAGAGGCGUGGUGAUUACUUGGGGAAAACCGUUCAAGUUGUCCCCCAUAUUACUGAUGCUAUCCAGGAGUGGGUUAUGAAUCAAGCCAAGGUGUCUGUGGAUGGUAAUAAGGACGCUCCGCACAUAUGCGUUAUCGAGCUGGGAGGCACCAUUGGAGACAUCGAAGGAAUGGCAUUUGUGGAAGCAUUCCGACAAUUCCAGUUUAAAGUCAAAAGAGAGAAUUUCUAUAACAUUCACGUCAGCCUUGUGCCACAGCCCAGUGCUACUGGAGAACAAAAAACAAAACCUACACAAAACAGUGUCCGCGCGCUGAGGGGGUUGGGCUUAUCUCCGGAUCUGAUUGUCUGCCGUAGUUCAGCACCCAUUGAGAUGGCUGUGAAAGAGAAGAUUUCUAUGUUUUGUCACGUGAAACCUGAACAGGUCAUCUGUAUCCAUGAUGUUUCUUCCAUCUACCGGGUGCCUCUCCUUUUGGAGGAGCAAGGUGUGACUAAAUAUUUUAAAGAGAGAUUGGACCUGCCCAUCAGUGACUGUUCAACUAAUUUGCUUUUCAAGUGGAAAACCAUGGCUGACAGGUAUGAAAGAUUGCAGAAAAUAUGCUCCAUAGCCCUGGUUGGUAAAUACACCAAACUCAGAGACUGCUAUGCCUCUGUGUUCAAAGCGCUAGAGCACUCAGCCUUGGCCAUCAACCACAAGUUGAAUCUGAUGUACAUAGACUCCAUCGACCUGGAGCCAGUCACCAAAGCUGAAGAUCCUGUGAAAUUCCAUGAAGCUUGGCAGAAGCUGUGCCUAGCUGAUGGUAUUCUUGUGCCCGGAGGCUUUGGAAUCCGAGGAACACUGGGAAAACUCCAGGCAAUUUCUUGGGCAAGGACAAAGAAGAUUCCAUUUCUGGGAAUUUGCCUUGGGAUGCAACUGGCAGUGAUUGAAUUUGCAAGAAACUGUCUGAACUUGAAAGAUGCUAAUUCUACAGAAUUUGAGCCAAAUACUCCAGUCCCACUGGUAAUCGACAUGCCUGAACACAACCCUGGCGACUUGGGAGGAACAAUGCGACUGGGUUUAAGACAAACUGUUUUCACAACGGAAAAUUCCAUACUGAAGAAGCUUUAUGGUGAUGUUCCUUAUAUAGAAGAAAGACACCGACACCGCUAUGAGGUGAACCCCAACCUGAUCAACAAAUUUGAGAAGAAAGACCUUUGUUUUGUUGGUCAGGAUGUAGAUGGGAAGAGGAUGGAAAUUAUUGAACUGGCAAGUCAUCCCUAUUUCGUUGGUGUCCAGUUCCAUCCUGAGUUUUCCUCUAGGCCAAUGAAGCCUUCUCCUCCAUACCUGGGGCUCUUACUUGCAGCAACUGGGAACCUGAAUGCCCAUUUGCAACAGAUCAGCAGACUGUCGUUCAGCGAUGGUUUCAGUGAUGUCAGCGAUGACAGCUUUACAGAGGCAAAGCUUUCUGAACUGGAAAUCAACUGAAGCUCCUUCAUGCCUCAGGAUAACAGUGGCUACCUGAGAGGCCUCUGAAGUAAUUAUACUUAAGAUGAAAGAAUUAUCUGAAGAAACCAUCACACUGUUCCCUAGGCAUGGGCUAUGAAGAUUCAAAGGGAAUGUGAAAAUGUUUACUUCAUGAAACAGAACCAAAGGGAUCCUUUUCUUUUCCCUUCAGAGGCAGCCUGUAGUAUUCAUAAAUUUCUAUACUUAAUAAACCGUAUUCAGUAGCAGUCCUCGGGCAGAAAGUGUGUGUCUUCUUCAGAACAUAGUGAGUUCAGGGAACUCGGGGAGCUUUUCCUUUCCAAUAUUGUACGGGGAAGGCGUUAGGUAUGUGCUAUAACCAAUUUGAGGUUUCAAAAUGAGUUAUUCUCUUACCUGGAUAUGAGCUAUAGGGUAAUGUGGGAGUUAAGAUUUAGUUAAGAAAGGGAGUUACUUCACUUUCUCAUUCUGUUUAUUUCUAGUAAAAAGGAAAAUGUAGCAGGUACAAGCCUUGGGGUUUCCAGUAACUCUACUCUCUUAUAUAUAAAAUGUAAAAGGAUCUGAAAACUCAGAAAUCAGGAUCAUAGGGCUGAGCUCCAUCUCUUCAACCC